AUGGCGGCGCUCACGAUAAUUCUCGUGGCUCUGCAACUGGUCAGUCUCGCCUGCGGUAAACCGAACCUCGCGUUUCCGCUCAACGCGCAGCUGCCGCUUGCAGCUCGACUCGACACAUUCUUCACUUACUCAUUCUCGCCACAAACUUUCGUAUCAUCCUCCAACAUUACAUACUCAUUCGGCCAAAAUCAUCCUUCAUGGCUUUCAAUCGAGAGUGCGAAUCGCAGGCUUUACGGAACUCCCAGAGAUGGUGACUUGGCCGACGGCGAAGUUGUUGGCCAAAAGGUCGAUAUUGUGGCCACUGACGACACUGGCUCAACCACCAUGGACUCGACUCUGGUUAUUUCGAGAAAACCUGCACCUUCUGUCCAGAUUCCUCUCCAAGACCAAAUAAAGAAAUUUGGCAACAUCUCGGCACCCUCGUCCGUUCUCUCGUACCCAGCCACCCAGUUCCGGUACAGCUUCAACCCAGACACAUUUGGCAAGAAUAGCGGUCUCAACUACUAUGCCGUCUCAUCCAACAAUAGUCCUCUUCCUGCCUGGGUAAAGUUUGACGCUGGUUCACUCACAUUUUCGGGCUCAACGCCGCCGUUCGAGUCUCUUGUGCAGCCGCCCCAGACCUUUGGCCUCAGCCUGGUGGCAUCCGACAUUGUUGGUUUCGCUGCCACCUCACUCACCUUUAACAUUGUGGUUGGAAGUCACAAGCUCACUACAGAGAACCCUGUAGUUACGAUCAAUGCCACGAGAGGUACUGCCGUUGACUAUGACGGCCUGGAGAAUGCCAUUGCUCUGGACGGUAAGCUGGUGAAGUCGAACGAGCUCGAUGUUACGACGGAGGGCAUGCCUCAGUGGCUCAACUAUGACAAGGAUACUGGAAAAUUGAGUGGCACUCCUCGCGAUGGCGACCAUGCCAGCAACUUUACCAUCACAUACAGCAGCAUGCUUUCUGCCACCUUGGACAUUCUCGUUGUCGUCAACGUCGCCACUGGUCUCUUCAAGUCUACUUUUGAGGACAUGGAGGCUCGACCCGGCGGCAAAUUUAAUGUCGACCUCAGCCAGUACUUUAGGAAUCCAUCCGACAUCAACUUGAACGUCAGUGUCAGUCCGACCGAAAAUUGGCUCAAGGUCGAUGGCUUCAAGCUUUCCGGCGACGUCCCGAAAGACACAAAAGGCAACUUUGACGUUACCGUGGAUGCCAGCUCCAAGUCCUCCAGCCUCUCUGAAAGCGAAAAACUUCACGUCAACGUCUUGGCACCUGACGGUACUCCGACAAGCACCUCGGUAACAACAAGCAGCCCGAGCUCGACGUCUUCAAAUAAUCCUGGUGAAUCGGCUUUACCAACAAUGGGCGGUCGACUCAGCACCGGCGAUAUCUUACUUGCCACCAUAAUCCCGAUUUUGUUCAUUGCUCUAAUGCUCAUGCUCUUUGUUUGCUUCCUGCGACGCCGUCGGGCUAGCCGAAGUUACUUGUCGAGCAAGACUCGAUCAAACGUCCUCAACCCCAUAAGCAGCCUACGCCAUGGCUCCAGCUCUUCCAUGCGCCGCGUCGAGAAAAUGACUGCUGUACCAAACAAUGAGAAGCACAUGCUGAAGCCUACCGCGGCCGCAUACAUGGAAGCGGUGCAUCUACACUCAACGUCGAGACGGUCGUCAGAAACGCUGGGCGGAAUUGAAGAAGACUACAGGGCGAUAUCAGAACGACCACAUACCGCUAGGUCCCAGCCAGCCGCGAUACGAAGUAUCAGUCCUGCUGAAAGCAACGAUGGAAGGCGUUCCUGGGAAACAGUGGAAGGAGAUGUUCCAUAUAUGAGCGGCGCCAAGUCGAUGCGCAAUGGCGGUGCUCCAUCGCCCGACCCAAGCAUCUCCGAAUCUACGCAUCAAGUGUUUGCAACAGGGAGCUAUAUCCAUGACGUUGGUCCAGGGGGAUACAAGAAGGACAUGGAUGCCAUCACCGGAAUGAAGGGCCAUUCGGUCAAGAAGGCUUCGGCCCUCGCUUACACGCCUAUAUACGGGCACAAAAGCGCCGACACGUACUCGACCAAAACCACCAGCUCCGUUGCUCUCCCUCUGAACGAGCGAAGCCGGAAUCACAGACAUCUAGCGUCAACAAUCGCAGAAAGCGAGGGGUCAGACCCCAACUGGGAAAGCAUCACCGUUUCUGAUACCAGCAACUCAGAUAUACGCCCACCAGAACCGGCCUACCUCACGAGCGGCCCUUCUGGCGACGGCCUCCCCUGGGCUGACCUGACUUCCAACGGCAGUAAAAGCUUCAUGUCGGGUCCCUCGUUUGGGUCCGCGGAGAACUGGCGCGUCAUUAACAAGCGAGAUCCCACCGCCAUGACUCUCAAGUCCAUUGUCGACGACACCCCGCUCAGCCCGUUCCCGGACAAUCGCGAAGGCGCAAUGUCGGGCGAGCGCUCGAAUCCUACGCCCGCGCCCGCGAGUAAAUGGGGCGAGGUGGGCGCAGAGAAGACGACGACGAUACACGAGAGCGCAAGUGUCUUGUCCACAGCUGCGAGCGCCGCGAGUGCAUGGCGAAAAGACAACUCAGGCAAGCUGUCUGAGGGCAGCAGCUUUAAAGUGUUCAUAUAA